AUACAUAUUUGGUCUUUAUAGUCGAGAUGCUAUUCUUAUACUUAUAAGCUUCUUUUUUUAAAAAUGUUCUCAAUUACUUGGUGUAACUGACUGUUUCAAAAGGGCAGUGAAGCAUAAAAAAAGUCGUGAUAUAUGACAUCCAUCCAAAAAUAUAUAUAUAUCGAGAUGUAUUGAUUCGAAAUUAACCACAAAGUAAUAUAGAUUGAACACUAUUACUUGGGCUCUCCCAAAGACAUCAUCAUGUAACAUUGGCUUCUUCUCCCUUAUGGUGUAACAAAUGUGUAUACAUAGAAGAAACUAAAACUUUAUGAGGUAUAUAAAAUUAUAUAAACAAGUGGAAAAUUUUUUUUCAUCUCCUUUUGUUGUAUGGAAGAUCAUUGAGAUUUGCAUCAGAUUAUUAAUUGAAAGCUUUGACACCAAGAUCAUGGAUACUGCUGCCUUUGGUUCUCAAAAUUACGCGAAAGAGUCUACUAAAGACAAAAAAAUUAAUGUAUACCCAACGCAGCAAUCAAUGACCAUUGAACUAUCACCACCUUCUCUGGAGGCUACAUUUUACAGAGACAACGAUAAAAUAAAAAAAAUUCAAGAUGAAAUUUUGUUACUAAAUCAACAAGCAAGUGAGCCCAAUAUUUGCUUUGUUUUCUUAUGCGGUAUUUCAUCUUACGCCAUGUCAACCAACGCCAUUCUGGAACGAAGAGCACUUGAAAAGCUACUAGAUCAAGAACUAUCAAAGCCUCUUCACCCUGAAUCCCCUAAUAUAUAUUUUCAAUCCAUGUAUCAAGAUGUGGGCAGGAUCGAGAAGCUACAACACCAAAUCAGAGUGAUGGAAAGAAACAAGAGUAACGAUAAAUGUUGUUAUUUUUGUUACGGAUAUAAUGCUAGUGCUUACACAAGCUAUAAACUUACAAAGCGGCAAGAUCUUCGUUAUCAAUUAGAAAGAGAAUUAAACAAGCCUGUACAAAAUUUUGAGUAUCAACAACAUCAUAUACCCCAUCAAUAAAUUCGAUUUAUGUUGAAAUAUUAGUGUUAUUUAUAACAUUGGUUUCUAGAUCUGUAAUCAAUGCGUGUUUAUUGAUCAAAUAAAUAUAUAAACAAAUAUUAUUACAUGCCAUAAGCAGCUUCA